AUGUCCGACUAUCAGCGCGAUGUCUCGCAGUACAAGUACUCGGCCAUGUCCAACCUGGUCCUCCAGGCGGACCGUCGGUUUGUCACAAGACGAACAGACGAGGCCACAGGCGACCCGGAAUCUCUCGCCGGUCGUCUCUCCAUCAAGGAUAUGGGCGCACGUGUCGGCCGCGAUGCAGCCCCAAAGACGAAAAAGACCAGUGCCAUGCCCAACGUCGAGCGAGGAGAUGUACAGGAAGGUGCUGAUAUUCUCCAACACUUGAAGGACAAGAAGAAGAAGGGCAAGACCGAGACCCGCGGCGGUGGUAUUCUCGCGAGCACCGACAUGAUCGAGGGUAUCAUCUACCGACCACGAACACAGCCAACACGGGACGCAUUCAACCUCAUCCUGACGAUUGUGGCCGAGCACUUGGGUGAUCUACCCCACGACACAGUGCGCAGCGCGGCUGAUGCCGUACUGGAGUUCCUCAAGGAUGAUGACCUCAAGGAUUUUGACAAGAAGAAGGAAAUUGAUGGGAUAUUGGGCGAGUCUAUGGAUCCAAAGAAGUUCAAUGAGCUGGUAAAUCUUGGAAAGAAGAUCACAGAUUACGAUGCGCAGGACGACGAGGAUGAGGAAAUGGGCGAUGCCAGACCAGAUGCCGAUGAUGAAAUUGAUGGCCGCCAAGGUGUUGCGGUCAACUUUGAAAACGACGAAGAUGAGGAUGGCAUGGUAGAUGUAGUACGGGACGAGUCUUCUUCUGAGGACGAGGAAGAGGAUAUUGACGAUGAGGAUCGGCCAGAGCUUCAGGAGGUUGCCGAGGGUGGGGAGGCUGGGAUUGAUCGGGAUGAGGAGGAGGUAGGGUUGGUUGAUGGCGAGACUAUGGUUAUCGAUGCCGCGCCAAACGGGAAGGACAAGUCCGAGGAGAAGAACUUUGUGCCGGCCCGGAAUAUUGAUGCAUAUUGGUUACAACGGCAAAUUGGUCGCCUUUACCCAGAUGCCCAUGUUCAGCACGACAAGACCUCCCUGGCGCUCAAGAUCCUUUCAGGAGAGCCGGAUGAGCCAGGUGGAGAGGAGAAGCAACUUCGCGACAUUGAAAAUGACCUCAUGGAGCUCUUUGACUACGAGCACCAUGAGAUUGUGCAAAAGCUGAUCGAGAACCGGGAAAAGGUUGUGUGGCUUACACGGCUGGCCAGGGCAGAGGACCAGAAGGAACGAGACACAAUCGAAAGAGAAAUGGCUUCAGAAGGGCUGCGGUGGAUUCUGGACGAACUUCAUGGCAAGUCCAAGGAUGACCAAAAGAAGCCAAAGAUGGAAAUCAAGAUGGACAUCGACUCUGGUGCCUUUGCCGACGGGAAAGCCCCAAAGCAGGAAAAGCCUGAUGGUCAGUUGGUCGGCGGUCUUCAACCCAAGAAACUGAUCAACCUGGAAAAUCUCGUGUUCGACCAAGGCAAUCAUCUCAACACCAAUCCUAAGGUCAGGCUACCGGAAGGUACCACAAAAAGAACCUUCAAGGGCUACGAAGAAAUUCAUGUGCCUCCACCCAAGAAGCGUAACGAUCCUAGCGAUGUGAACAUCCCUAUUUCGGAGAUGCCAGAGUGGGCUCAACCUCCUUUCAGUACAACCAAGUCUCUCAACAAGAUUCAGUCAAAGUGCUUCCCUACUGCGUUUCAUGACGACGGCAACAUGCUGGUCUGCGCCCCGACAGGUUCCGGCAAGACCAACGUGUCUAUGCUCACCAUUCUCAGAGAGAUUGGCAAGAACAGGAACGAGAGGGGUGAGAUUGACCUCGACGCCUUCAAGAUUGUCUACAUUGCCCCCCUGAAGGCUCUUGUACAGGAGCAGGUCGGCAAUUUUGGCAAGCGUCUGGAGCCGUAUGGUAUCAAGGUUUCGGAAUUGACUGGUGACCGGCAGCUCACCAAGCAGCAAAUCUCUGAGACCCAGAUCAUUGUCACGACACCUGAGAAGUGGGAUGUCAUCACCAGAAAGGCCACUGAUAUCUCCUACACAAAUCUGGUUCGGCUGAUCAUUAUCGACGAAAUCCAUCUUCUACAUGAUGAUCGUGGCCCGGUUUUGGAGAGCGUUGUGAGCAGGACGAUUCGCAAGACCGAGCAAACCGGUGAACCAGUCCGUAUUGUUGGUCUCUCUGCUACUUUGCCGAACUACAAAGAUGUCGCAAGCUUCCUGCGUGUUGAUAUGGCCAAGGGCUUGUUCCAUUUUGAUGGUUCAUUCCGUCCCUGCCCGUUGCGCCAAGAAUUCAUUGGCAUCACCGAGAGGAAAGCCAUCAAGCAACUCAAGACCAUGAACGAUAUUACCUACACCAAGGUGAUCGAGCACGUCGGCACUCACCGCAACCAAAUGCUGAUUUUCGUUCAUUCGAGAAAAGAAACGGCAAAGACGGCCAAGUACAUUCGCGACAAGGCUUUGGAGAUGGAUACCAUCAACCAGAUUCUCAAGCACGAUGCUGGUACUCGUGAGGUGCUUAGUGAAGCAGCGAAUGCAGUCAACAAUACGGAUCUCAAGGACAUCUUGCCCUACGGUUUUGGUAUCCAUCACGCUGGUAUGAGCCGAGCUGAUCGCACUGAUGUGGAGGAUCUUUUCUCUAGCGGCCAUAUUCAGGUGCUUGUCUGCACGGCCACCCUCGCUUGGGGUGUCAACUUGCCUGCUCACACAGUCAUUAUCAAGGGUACUCAAGUGUAUUCUCCAGAAAAGGGUAGCUGGGUUGAAUUGAGCCCUCAAGAUGUCCUGCAGAUGCUUGGUCGUGCCGGUCGCCCACAGUUCGACACAUACGGUGAAGGCAUCAUCAUCACCACUCAGGGAGAAAUGACGUACUAUCUUUCGCUUCUCAACCAGCAGCUGCCUAUUGAAAGUCAAUUUGCUAGCAAGCUGGUGGACAAUCUCAACGCCGAAAUCGUCCUGGGCAAUGUUCGCAGCCGCGAUGAAGGUGUGGAGUGGCUCGGCUACACCUAUCUCUUCGUUCGCAUGCUCCGGUCGCCCGGUCUCUACAGCGUCGGCACAGAGUACGAGGAUGAUGAGGCAUUGGAGCAGAAACGUGUCGAUCUAAUACACUCGGCCGCUACUGUGCUCAAGAAGUCGAACUUGAUCAAAUACGAUGAAAAGACCGGCAAGCUCCAGUCUACCGAGCUUGGUCGUAUCGCCUCUCAUUACUACAUCACAAACUCGUCCAUGGACACCUACAACAAGCUGAUCCAGCCGGCGAUGAAUGAUGUGGAGCUCUUCCGUGUCUUUGCACAGAGUGGCGAGUUCAAGUACAUUCCGGUUCGUCAAGAAGAAAAGCUUGAACUGGCCAAGCUGCUUGCUCGUGUGCCCAUUCCCGUCAAGGAGAGCAUCGAGGAGCCAACUGCCAAGAUCAAUGUUCUGCUUCAGGCCUACAUUUCUCGCCUGCGACUGGAUGGCCUUGCCCUGAUGGCCGACAUGGUCUAUGUUACUCAGUCUGCUGGCCGCAUCCUUCGUGCCAUCUUCGAAAUCACCCUCAAGAAGGGAUGGGCUUCAGUUGCCAAAUUGGCUCUGAACCUGUGCAAGAUGGCCGAGAAGAGAAUGUGGCCGACUAUGUCUCCUCUCAGACAGUUCCCCAGCUGCCCAGGCGAAAUCGUCAGAAAGGCUGAGCGGAUAGAGGUGCCUUUCAGCAGCUAUCUGGACCUUGAUCCCCCUCGCAUGGGCGAGUUGCUCGGCAUGCCCAAGGCUGGAAAGACUGUUUGCGCGCUUGUGGCCAAGUUUCCUCGCGUCGAAGUUCAGGCCAACGUCCAGCCCAUGACUCGCUCUAUGCUCCGGGUCGAGUUGACCAUCACGCCCAACUUUGAGUGGGAUGUUGACGUUCAUGGGUUGUCUGAAAGCUUCUGGAUCAUGGUAGAAGACUGCGAUGGUGAAGACAUUCUCUUCCAUGACCAGUUCAUCCUCCGCAAGGAUUAUGCCGAGUCUGAUGCGAAUGAACACAUUGUAGAGUUCACAGUGCCCAUCACUGAGCCAAUGCCGCCCAAUUACUUCAUCUCGGUGAUUUCGGACCGCUGGAUGCACUCCGAGACUCGACUGCCAGUAUCAUUCCAGCAGCUGAUCCUGCCAGAGAGGUUCCCACCACACACUGAGCUUCUUGAUUUGCAGCCUCUGCCGGUUACUGCCCUGAAGGCCAAGGACUAUGCCGCUCUCUACCCUGACUUGACCCAGUUCAACAAGAUCCAAACGCAAACAUUCAACUCGCUCUACGGCACCGACAACAAUGUCCUUGUGGCCGCUCCCACGAGCAGCGGCAAGACCGUCUGUGCCGAGUUUGCCUUGCUUCGCCACUGGAACAAGCAGGAGUCUGGACGCGCAGUGUACAUUGCCCCGUUCCAGGAGUUGGUGGACCUGCGCUAUCAUGAUUGGCAGAAGAAGUUUGCCAAUCUCAGGGGGGGCAAGGAUAUUGUCAAGCUGACUGGAGAGACUACUGCUGAUCUGAAGCUCCUCGAGCAAGGUGACUUGAUUCUGGCGACGCCUCUUCAGUGGGAUGUCUUGUCCAGACAAUGGAAGCGCAGAAAGAACGUCCAGACUGUGGAGCUCUUCAUUGCCGAUGAGCUGCACAUGCUUGGUGGGCAGAUGGGAUACAUCUACGAGAUUAUCGUGUCCCGCAUGCACUACAUCCGCACCCAGACUGAGCUCCCGGUCAGAAUCGUUGGUCUCAGUGUUUCCCUUGCCAACGCUCGCGAUGUGGGAGAGUGGAUUGACGCCAAGAAGCAUGAUAUCUACAACUUUAGCCCUCAUGUCAGGCCCGUUCCUCUGGAGCUUCACAUUCAGUCAUACACCAUUCCUCAUUUCCCAUCCCUGAUGCUGGCGAUGGCUAAGCCAACAUAUCUGGCUGUGACUCAGAUGUCGCCUGAUCAGCCGGCUCUCAUUUUUGUGCCCAGCCGCAAGCAAACUAGAGCCACAGCACGGGACAUCCUCACUGCCGCAUUGGCAGAUGAUGAUGAGGACCGCUUCUUGAACGUUGAGGUUGAGCAGAUACAGAAGCUUCUCGAGCGUGUCCAAGAGCCAGCUCUCGCGGAGGCUCUCUCCCACGGCGUUGGCUACUACCACGAAGCUCUUAGCCAGAGUGACAAGCGCAUUGUCAUGCAUCUCUACAAGAAUAAUGCCAUCCAGGUUCUCAUCGCCUCUCGCGAUGUCUGCUGGGAGCUGGAUUGCACUGCCCACCUCGUUACUGUCAUGGGCACGCAAUACUUCGAGGGCAGAGAGCACCGCUAUGUUGACUACCCGCUCAGCGAGGUUCUGCAAAUGUUCGGCAAGGCUUCGCAGUCUUCGCGCGACGGCCGUGGUCGCGGUGUGCUGAUGGUGCCGGCGGUGAAGAGAGAGUAUUACAAAAAAUUCCUCAACGAAGCUCUGCCCGUUGAGUCGCAUCUUCACAACUUCCUCCAGGAUGCGUUUGUGACCGAGAUCAGCACGAGGAUGAUCGAGUCUGGUGAGGAUGCUAUCAACUGGGCCACAUUCACCUACUUUUAUCGCCGGCUGCUCGCCAACCCAAGCUACUACAGUCUUACGGAUCCUACUCACGAGGGCCUGAGCCAGUACCUCUCUGACAUGGUUGAAGCCACCCUGAAGGAGCUCUCAGAGUCCAAGAUUGUCGACUUUGACGAGGAUGAGGGCACUGUCGCUCCUCAGAACGCUGCCAUGAUUGCUGCGUAUUACAACAUCUCGUACAUCACCAUGCAGACCUUCCUUCUCUCGCUCACGGCGAAGACGAAGCUCAAGGGCAUUCUCGAAAUCGUUACGUCUGCUACCGAGUUUGAAUCGAUUCAGAUCCGACGUCACGAGGAAGCCAUCCUCAGACGCAUCUAUGACAGUGUUCCCGUCAAGAUGGCUGAGCCAGCUUUCGAUUCGCCUCAUUUCAAGGCCUUUGUGUUGGUUCAGGCCCAUUUCUCCCGGAUGAACCUCCCGAUUGAUUUGGCUAAGGACCAGGAAGUCAUCUUGACAAAGAUUGUCAGCCUGUUGAAUGCCAUCGUCGAUAUCUUGUCUUCUGAUGGCCGUCUCAACGCCAUGAACGCCAUGGAAAUGUCGCAGAUGGUGGUGCAGGCCAUGUGGGAUCGCGACAGCCCCCUCAAGCAAAUUCCCAACUUCACCACCGAAACUGUCAAGGUGGCCAACAAGUACGACAUUCAGGAUAUCUUUGACUUUAUGAGCAAGAUGGAUCCUGACGAGAAUCCUGACUACAAUUCUCUCAUCAAGGAUCUCGGGUUCACCCAGGCACAGCUCGCGCAGGCAGCCAACUUUACCAACAGCAAGUAUCCCGAAAUCUCGCUGGAGGUUGAGGUGGAGGACAAGGAUGGGAUCCGGGCUGGCGAGCCGGCGUACCUCAAGAUUACGAUCGAGCGGGAGAUUGACGAGGACGAGGAGUACGACCCGACCGUGCACGCGCCGUUUUACCCCGGCAAGAAGACGGAGAGUUGGUGGUUGGUGGUUGGCGAGGAAAAGACAAAGGAGCUGCUGGCAAUCAAGCGGAUCACGGUAGGACGGAAACUCAACGUCAGACUGGAAUUCACCGUGCCCACGGCGGGUCACCACGACUUGAAGCUCUUCUUCAUGAGCGACAGCUACAUGGGUGUGGAUCAGGAGCCAUCAUUUUCGGUGGAGGUUGCGGAGGGGAUGGAUGUUGAUGAGGAGGAGGACGAUGAGGAGGACGAUGAUGAGUAG